GUUAGUAUAUACAAAUAGGCAACUAAUGAAUACAAAUGUUGAUUCGAAAUAAAACCAUGGGACCCGUACAAUGUAUUCGCAUAACUGGUUUCAUGGACAAUUGGCAUCUUUGUGUUAAAAGUUCUGCACGGUCUUUCAUUUUUAACGAUUUACCAAAAAAUUUCUGAGCUGUGGGUCUGCCUAGCGUCACAACCGGUUCAGUCUGCAAAAAUUACACAACCUAUAGACAAUGGUCCAGCAGCAAAGACGACGAGGGACGGGUGUCACCGCCAACAUUUUUUGACAUGCACUCAGCUCGCUCCAAGACCCAGGUUGCAUUUCCCCGCAUUCCCUUGUCCGCACAUCAGGUGCCACCUUCUUCAUUCGCUCUGGGGCAUAGGAGAGAGGCGGAGUGUCUACUGGCGGCCACACCUCCUACUCUCCACAGCGCAUGUGGACAUUUCUCGUUUGCGCUGGAUCUCUCGUGUCAGAAGAUGUGUGUGGAGAGCGAUGGAUGCGAGAUAGAGGGCUGCGGCAGUUCGGAUGAGGUGCACACACUCUCUGGUAGUAUGAGCCCGGCUCUGAAGACGAACCCGGACCUUCAUCCGUGCAAGCCUGGGCAGAAAUUCAGAGCGGCGUUGCUCAAAUGCCGCUCACCAACUGCUGCCGCUGGGAUACUCAGUUUUGGAAACGUGCUCAACUACAUGGACAGAUACACAGUUCAAGGUGUGCUGCUUGACAUCCAGCAGCAUUUCAAUGUGUCUGACACUCUAGCUGGCUUGUUGUCGACGGUGUUCAUCUGCAGCUUCAUGUUUGCCGCCCCUGUCUUCGGUUACCUGGGUGACCGCUUCAACCGGAAGGUCAUCCUCAGCUGUGGCAUCUUCUUCUGGUCAAUCGUGACCUUGUCCAGCUCCUUCAUCACCAACAAAGACCAUUACUGGCUGUUUGUGCUGAGUCGGGGCCUGGUUGGGAUCGGCGAGUCCAGCUACUCAUCCAUCUCCCCCACCAUCAUCGGCGACCUCUUCACCAACAACAGCCGGACCAUGAUGCUGUCCGUCUUCUACCUAGCCAUACCACUGGGGAGCGGUCUGGGCUACAUUCUGGGCUCCACUGCCAAAGAGGCCGCAGGAGACUGGCACUGGGCACUCAGGGUGUCGCCGUUCCUGGGUGUGACUGCAGGAACCCUGAUCCUGGUGUUCGUGCCGGAGCCUAAGAGAGGCACUGUGGAGCAGCACGGAGCCCGGUUCAAGAGCCAGACCACGUGGGUCUGUGACAUGAAAGCUCUGCUCAAAAACCGGAGCUUCGUCUUCUCCUCCCUGGCCUCUGCGACUGUGACCUUUGCCACGGGCGCCUUUGGCACCUGGAUCCCUCAGUACCUGUUCCGUGCACGGGUGGUGCAGAAGACCGCCGAGCCCUGUGUUGAUACACCGUGUAAAAGCCAUGACAGGCCUACUGACAAUGCAAUGUUUUACAGAACUGUUCUUAUAUUCGGAGCGAUCACGUGUGUGACGGGUCUGCUGGGCGUGGUGAUUGGCGCUGUGAUGACCCGGUGGUGUCGACAGAGGACGGAGCGGGCAGACCCGUUGGUGUGUGCCGUCAGCAUGCUGGGCUCGGCCAUCUUCAUCUGCCUCAUCUUCGUCACUGCCAAAAAGAGCAUCGAGGGGGCCUACGUCUGCAUCUUCAUUGGGGAAACACUGCUCUUUUUGAACUGGGCCAUUACAGCGGACAUUUUAAUGUUUGUUGUCAUACCGACUCGAAGAGCCACUGCGGUUUCCCUUCAGGGUUUCACAUCACAUCUCCUGGGGGAUGCAGGAAGCCCAGCUCUCAUUGGCCUGAUCUCCGACAGUCUACAGCAGAGCUACAAGACGUCAGUCCUCUGGCAGUUCCUGAGCCUGGGCUACGCGCUCAUGCUGUGCCCCUUCGUCAUCGUCCUGGGAGGGAUGUUCUUCCUCGCCACAGCCCUCUUCUUCCUGGACGACCGGGAAAAGGCUGAUAAACAAUUGGAGAUAGACAGAGAUCAGCACAGGCCAGGGGUCAGCUCAACACCAGACAUCGAUAUAAGCCAGCUUACCAGGCCACCCUCCUCAGUGAAGGUCAACAAGUGAGGGAGGCCAGAGCUUGGAGGCUGCGCGUGGUGACCAGAUAAAGGAAGGACGGAGAGAGGGGACAAAUGAAGCUGCUCACCCACUGGACGUCCGAGACCAUCAUAUGCCGAUCAGCUCUUUAUCACCGAAGCAAAUGUCACCUCGACACCUCCUUGCUCUCAUGCUUUAUCUACUUCACUUUCUCUUUCUCUCUCUCUUUCUCUCUCUCUCUCUCUCUCUCUCUAGCCUCUGUUUCUUGGAGGCUUCUUGUAACUGGAGCCACAGCAUGGACACCUCACAUUGCGGGCACUGCCUCGUGCCUGAGACUGUGCCAUGUUGUUUUUUAUUUUUUUUUUUUUAUUUUUUGGAAAAAAAGGAUUUUUGAAAAAUGCCAGCCUAACCAGCAGCUGGUGAUGCCUCCCAUGCUGAUGUGGCAGAAACGGGGAGGGGGGCAUGGAGCCAAACCUGGCGCCCGUGUGGAUGAGCCCGUGUUAGUGCCAUACUACUGAAGAAGUACAGAGGAGGAGGAGGCGCAGUGUCUGUCACAAUGCCUGUCAAUCUGCACCAAGUGCCAUGUCAUUACAUUCCCUCACAGAGCCUAGUCACUGUCCCCCCCCAACCCUACCCCAAAAGCUACAAGGUGUUUAAAUACCACCCCCACCCCACCACCACCACCACCACCACCACUACAACAUACACACAAAGGACAGAAGGAAUACUGGAAAGCAAAGUGGCAAACAAAUACACACUCAUGGAGUCAGUGAAGUGUCACCCUCACUGCUGAAAGACUGGAAUGGCAGCCUUAAGAGAUAUACAGCCCCAUUGUGUUACUUUUAAUCUUUUACCUUUUUUUCUUGUCUUUACUUUGUAAUAUCAGCACUUAUUCCCAAAUGCAGUGCCAGCUACAUUACAAAAAAACAUGAUUUUUUGGAAACUUGAGGUCCAAACCUAUGAUUGUUUCAAAGGAUUGGUCAAGAGAGGAGUGUAGCCUAGUCAUGAGAAGACCGUGAAGAUCGGCCUGUGUUAUGUUUUUGUAUAACUAAAAAAAAAAAACGUUUGACAUUUUUUGAAAAAAAAAAAAAAGUCUGUGUAGUAAGGCCUCACCGUGCACAGGUGCCUCAGCUCCAGUGCUCAGCGACCGGAGGAGGAAUUUUAACAAGUAAACAAAGUUGACGCUCCGGCGUCUCUUUUUCAUGUAGAGAUUCCUUACAGUUUGUUGGCUUUGAAAUGUCCCGGAAGCCACCCACUGAGAGAAUGGCAGCCUCAAUAAGCCGGGUUAGAAAUGCGCUGUUUGAGUCUCUGAGAAUAGCAGUCUUUGUGCAAAGCUUUUUACUCUGUCUAUCUGUGCAGUUGUAGAUAUCUAAUUUCUCAAAAAGACAGACAAAGAGAGAUUAAAAGGAAUAGAAGUGUCUUUCAAUGAUGAAGUUAAUUAAAGGCAGACAUUUAUCCCCGGGAAGAGGUCAUUUUACACACCGUGUCAAGCUCCGAUAAGAUGUUCUGGUCAAGUGACUUGACUGGACAGGAGGCAUUCCAUAUGUGCUGAUGAUUAGCAACACAGCAACGUUUUUACUGCUUUCUCCGUUUAACAGACCUAACCUGUGGUCAGCUCAUGUGCUGCUUGAGAACAAUAGACUAUUGGGUUGAAAUCUUGUGGAAUAGUAAUGUUUGUUGACGGAGCCAAAGAAACAACAAAAGUGAGCGCCUUGUUUAAUGAACUGUUGUGGGGGAAAGCAAUAUCAUACUGAAGGUUGUUCUCUUUCUAGUGAAUAUCAAUAUGUGUGUUAUUUGGCUUCCAGUCUCAGUCUUAUGACAUGCUGAUAUUCAGGAUAAUAUCACUUCCUGAUAUGAUGUCCAGCUCAAUUAUGAGGUGCUAAGAAUUCUGUGAGUUAACGUCAAAAGUAAAGCUGAGUUUGGCUUGCAUGGACACUGAUAUAUGCUCUCAGAUUUUAAAUAUGUUAGUUAUUGACAAAGCCCCAAUAUUAUGUCAUAGGAGAAAGCACUUUGCUUUAGUAGGAGGAAGAUUGAACCGCUUUUUUACAUAUAAUAUAUAUUGUAUGCAUAAGGGAAAAUAUUUUCCUUCCAUGGUAGCCUCCAUCCUAAAUGUUUUGAUUUGAUCUGUUUUGCAAAAUGUGCAAUAUACAAAAAAAAUGGAUGAAGAUGGCAAUAAUCAAAGUAUUUUCCCAUGCUCAGUGAUUUUGUUCAGGCAUCAAUAUAUAUAGACCAUUUGCUAGGUGCGUUCAAAUAUUUUCUUAUUGAAAGAUUAAAUUAUUUCUUAUUUUAAUCUUUUAAUUCUUAUUAAAAUAUUAAAUGUAACCUUAGUGUUUCCCCCUAUGUCCUAAUGCUGAGGAGCACCUUGAAGAGAAAUUGGAAAUAAGUGUCAAGUUAGUUGGGGGGGGGGCUCUGUACAGGAGGGGGGGUGGAUGCUCUGACCCUGCAGGUGUGGUGUUUGUGUGUAUGGGGGGAGGGGGGGGGGGGUCUGCACUUCUUUCCAUUGUAUCUCGGCUUUUCUCACUGAGCGUGAGGAGUGAACUGAAUGUGACGCUGACAACUCCUAUGUGUUUACACAUACAACAUUAUCUUAAUUAAGCUUCUUUUCAUCAUUCUUUCAGGAUGUCUUUUUGUUAUUGAGUUAUUGUAUAUGAGUUUUAUAUCUAAAUGCUAUAAAGAUAAACAAAUAUAUUAUGCAGCAGUUUUAAUAUAUUGUAAACAACAGCUUGGAUGCAAUGUAUUUAUUAUUUUCUUUAUUUGUUUUGGUUAGGAAGAAUAUUGAAGAUUUUCUUUUGCUCCUGACUUUAAUAACUCUGUUUUUAAAUCCAUUUUAUUUACACUGUGAUCAUGGGGGUUGGGUCUAUGCGUAAGAGUGAAGGUUUAAACAUAUAUUUACAUGCGCUAACAAAGCCGCUGGCUUUUCAGAUCAUCGUGCUGGUUUGAUUUCAGUUUUUCAGCUUUGAAGUGCAUUCUUUGUUUUAGACCAAUGAACUUGUUUAUUUAUUUUGCACAGUUGGCAGUCAGCAUAGAGUAUGUUAUUCAGGUUUUUAUUUUUUUUUUUUUUGAUUGAAUAGUUGAACACUGGCAAGCUUUCUCAUGCAGCACAUUUAGCCAAAGGCUCUGUUUUUUGUCUGAAGCUGAAAAAUGAUGUGCUAAUCACCAUCACCAUGUAUUCUUUAUUUAAAGGGUUAUAUCUAAAGAAUUAGCAUCAUGGAGUAGAAUAAAUGGGAAACAAAGAAGGUUAAAAAAUGGCAAACACACAUUUGACUGAUUACCAUCACUUGUGAAGGGGAUUUUUUCUUGCCUUUGUUUUUUAAAUGGAAGGAUACCAUCCGAAUGGGUCACAGGAGUGAUGUGAUAUUUUGAGAAUAUGCUUUUUCUUGUCAUACAAGAACAAUGUAUAAAGGACCUUAUUUCUGAUAUUGAGCAGAAACUAGAGGUUAUUCUAUUUUUAGAGCAAGUGUGAUAAACAAAGGGAAUUAAAAUCAUGAAUAAAAACAGAGCAAAAUAUUGUUUAGGAAUAAACUGUGACACUCCUGCUCGGAGUGAAACUGAAAUGUACACCUAUAUGUAAAAGAACAAAUAAACUUAUUUAAUCAAAGCA